AUGACUAAGUCAGAAGAUGAUCUAUUUAAACACUUAUUGAGAAUAUCAGAGUCAUCAUCUCAAGAUGAGGGAGGGCAUGUAUUUAUGGCAAUGGAUUUCUCCAGUUGGUGUACCAGUUUGCGGUUUGAGGGUGUGACACCCUUAUUUGAGGAGUUAGAUCGCCUAUUGGGUGUUAAGGAUGUCAUGGCAUACACUCAGCUGUUUCCCCUUGAAUCUAUACUGUUGUUUCAAGAUAGAUUCCAUCCUCCUAAACAGGGUCCUGAUGGUUAUCCUCUUAAUGGGCCAAGAUGUGUUCAUGGUCCUGAGGCAUGGAUGGAGGGUUUGAGGCAAAAGGGAUGGACAUUAGCUACCCUCCUUCUUAUUCUUGUUGCAUCCUGGAAGUGUGGAACCAUAGCCACCUUAACAGGUCAAGGAGACAACCAAGUUAUAUAUUUGAGAUCACCUAGCAAGUCUACUCUAGAAGGAAUGAGAAUGACAAGACAUAGUUACAUUAAGUGGUUUCAGGAGACAUUACUGGGCUUAUGUACACAAGCUGGUAUAACACUCAAACUAGAGGAAACAUGGGUGUCAUCCUCCUUGUUAGAGUAUGGGAGGGAGUUUUUCUUUAAAGGAGCACAAGUAAGCUCCUCAUUGAAAAGAAUAUCUAGAAUAUCCAGUGAGGCCAAUCAAACCAUACCAUCCUUUAACAGUGAUAUAGCGGGUAUAUACUCCACAGGAAUGUCAGCUGCACAAAAAGAUCAUACCCCUAUAUCAGCUUUUUGGACAACAGUAUUAGAGGCAUCCAUAGCAGCUCAUGAGAGAUUUCCUGAACUCAACAAGUAUCCUCCAGAGUAUGUGGCAUGUUUGUUAUCUGUCCCUAGGACAUUAGGAGGAUGGCCUAUUACAUUGUUUGCCAACUUCUCCACUAGGUCUGUUCAAGAUGCCCUGACAUGCGCACUUCACCUAGUUAGAACACUCCUACAGUCCCCUCGUCAUAGACAACAUAUGUUGAGAAUAGCCAUUACCAGAAUGAAGUCAACUGACCCAACCAUGUUAAUAAAGGACCCUCAGUCUUUACCUCUUAUUCUACCUCGUCAGCCUGAAAACUAUCUAAAAUCAAAAAUAGCAGAGGGUCUUCCCUCUAUAAUAAAGAACAAAGAGCUAACCCCUCUAUUUUCACCCACUAUGGAGGAAAACAAGAAGAGAUUAGUGUCAGAUCUUAUGGCUAUCAGGCCUUGUAACCCAAAACUUAUGUCAAAACUAAUGACAUUAUCUAAUGUUGGUAAACAAGAGGCCUUGGUUAACAAGUUUUCCAGUACACGAUCCAUCCAAAAUGUGGCAUGUAGGGAGUGGAGUUCCGAGACAGAGGUACUACGAGAUGUGCGAGCUAUGGAGAGGACAAUGAUGGAUCACAUCCUGUCGAGAGGUGUCGAUCCUGUUCUGUUCCAUGUUGGUCCUGGUACCUGUUUGACCCAACUGGCGCAAAAACUUAGGGAGACAGGCUGGGGUAUCCAGUUAGAGGGAGUUACAAUGCCAGCACAACAGGAGCAGGCCCAAGUAUGUAAAUGGGACAAUGUCCCCUUGGAAAUGUAUGAUAAAACUAUAUCCCUAAUGGUUGAAGGGGAUUCCACCCAAGAUUGGAACUUGACCCGAGGUCCUGUUCCUCCUUACAUAGGUGCACCAACUAGGAUCCGCGCCAAGAGACAGCCUCUGCAGGAGAUGGAAUCCUACAGCUUUACUCAGUCCCUAUCUCAAGCCCUUCAGUUAAGAACUUGGGUAAAAGGGGAUGAGGGUCUUACUAAGCUGAUAGAUAGUAUCAUUCAGGAAAAGACAGAUGCAAGUGAGGAGGAGCUGGACAGAAGAACAUCUCAUGUAUAUUCUGGCUCAUUAACUCACAGAUUACCCUGUCCAACCAUGAGCAGAGGAGGACAAAGCAAUUCCACUAGUAACUUUGCAUCCCACAUUAGGAUAUCCUCUAGUACAGCAACUGCAUAUGCUAAGAAAGGGGAGGACUAUACCAUAUGUUUCCAGGCUGUGUUUCUCCAUAGUAUCGCUUCCCUUAAUAUUAUGUAUCAAAAAUAUGGCAGCCUUCCGCCUCGGAUGGCUGUUGUGUUGUCCCGGGGAUGUUGUGUGUGGACCAUUCCCCCUGAAGUGUUCUCCCUAGACAUCUCUACCUACCAAGGGGUUCCUAUACCUUCUGCCACCUUGCACAUUGAGCCUAUGCCGGAGACUCAGCUUCCCUACAAUCCGCCUCUUGUGAGUCUUGAUCAGUCGUAUGCUGCCCAUAUGGCCUACAAGUUUGCAGUUUGGAUACUAAAUAGAAGAGACACAACCCAUAUAUCAACCUUAGAGAGAAGAGCUGUAGACGAUGUGUCAACACCCCCAUUCAUUAAUCUAUCUGAGGCAUGUAGGCUUCAUGUAGAGUAUUUCUUCGAGUACCUAGCUAGCUAUUUAGUUGUCCUAGACAUAUCAUUCAGUACCAACCCCAACUCUAUAUUAAAUGAGUUAAGGAAAUCUCCAAAUAGAACAGGGUUCGAUGGCUUGAUAGAUACCAUAAUAUUAAGUGGUUUAACUCAUUCUUUCUGCUCACUGAUCAGGUCUUCUCCUAUAGAUUUGCAGGACAGGGAUGGAUGGAGGAGGGCUGUGUCAGAUAGGAUAUCAUAUGAGGUGGAUAAGGGGGUCCUAUUCUUAGCAAAUAGCUCUGUGGUACUCAUACCAGAAGAGACAAGGCAUCUAUUUACUAGAUGGUUUAGAACUAUGGCCCAUCAUCUAAGAAGGAGAGUAGAUCCGGAGGUCAUAAGGGGCAUGAGUGGGCAGGAGAUGAGGGAUCUCCUCAAUAGAGCACUGCCCAAUUCAUCCUUAAACCAUAUUAGGUGGCCUCCUAUGGCAAUGUCUGAGGAGGAAAGUAUAGCGGGUAUUAGAAGGACAGCUAGACCGUGUCAUAGACCCAUAAGACCCAUUGCAAUCCCACCUACUCCUCUGACUCAAGAGACAGGUAAUGAAGAUGCAGACCCCGAGUUGGAGGAAGCCAUGUGGUGUGUUGCGGGUGGAAGGGUUAUGAACCAGCUAUAUGAGGCGUUUGUCAUAUUAAAGGACAAGAUAAAAGUCUUACCAGACAAAGCCAUUCGACUUUAUACCUUAGGGGACAAUAAUGGGGCUGUGUACUCUAUGAUUUGUCAUAUUCUUUCAGGAAAGGUUGGGGGAGGAUUCCCGUACUCCGCGAGGGGGCGGCGUCCGCGUGUGCCGGACGUCGCCUAA